ACACACACCGCCUUUCACUGCAACAGACUCAUCAGUUGGAUAAUAAAACCAAAUCUGCUGUGGAUCUUUUUUUCUUAUUUAUUUAAAUUUUUUUGGCAAAAAAAAAAAAAAAAGAUUUGGAGCUCAGUUUUGGAAAAAGUUUUAUAUCAGCACUUAAACUCUAGAGCACACUCAUGUCAGACGAGGCGGGAGUUUCAGUGAAUGUACUUUAACCGGGACAGCGGUGGAGCAGAGCAUCACGUUCAGCUGGUGGAGCAGGGACCUGGGACUCAGGGAUAUGUCCGGUAGCACUGGAAGAGGCCAUGGGGGUCUUAACCAACUAGGUGGAAUGUUUGUUAAUGGCCGCCCGCUUCCGGAAGUUAUCCGGCAACGCAUCGUGGACAUGGCCCACCAGGGGGUCCGACCUUGCGACAUUUCCCGGCAGCUCCGGGUCAGCCACGGCUGCGUCAGCAAGAUCCUGGGACGGUAUUACGAGACGGGCAGCAUCAAACCAGGGGUAAUUGGUGGCUCCAAACCUAAGGUGGCCACCCCGAAGGUUGUGGAGAAGAUCGCAGAGUACAAGAGGCAGAAUCCCACCAUGUUUGCCUGGGAAAUUAGAGAUCGACUGCUGGCAGAAGGGGUGUGCGACAGCGACACAGUGCCCAGUGUGAGCUCCAUUAACAGAAUAAUUCGAACUAAAGUCCAACAGCCUUUUAAUCUCCCCCUGGAUGGAAAAGGUCUGAGUCCAGGACAUACCUUAAUCCCGAGCUCAGCCGUCACCCCUCCAGAGUCCCCUCAGUCAGACUCUUUGGGCUCCACCUACUCCAUCAACGGGUUGUUAGGAAUCCCCCCACCAAACACCGACGGCAAGAGGAGCCAUGAUGACAGUGACCAGGAGAGCUGUCGGCACAGCGUGGACUCCCAGGGCAGCGCAGGCAUCCCGAGAAAACAGAUGAGAGUCGAACAGUUUUCCACUGCCGCGCAACAUCUAGACUGUGGGUUUGAUCGUCACCACUACCCGCCAGAUUCCUUCAGCUCCACCUCGAGCAGCAAGGCAGAGCAGACUUUGUACCCGCUGUCACUCAUCAAUGGCAACCUGGACGAGGCAAAGACAAGCCUCUCAACAAGCAGCUCUGUCAUUGGACGUAAUCUGGCGGCACAUCCGAGCUACACUGUGGUAACUGAACCUCUUCAAACCCUGCCGCUCUGUCUAAAGCAGGAAAUGUCCCCAGAAGUGACCAGUACGAGUCCCUCACCAAACAUGGCAGCAUCCACCCUGGCGUACGUGGAGCUGCAGGCGCUGCAGAAACCUGUUUCUGUCAGCAGCAGCUGCAAUGGCAACAGCAGCAGCAGCUCCAACCUGUAUCCCAAUGCCUUCAACUCAUUUUCCCAUCAUGCACCUAUGUACGGGCAGUUCAGCAGUCAGUCUAUUAUCUCAGGGCGCGACAUGAUGAGCUCCACCCUGCCGGGCUACCCGCCGCACAUCCCCUCCCCGGCCCAGACAGGCUACUCUUCUUCUGCUAUCACAGGAAUGGUUGCAGGUCCAGACUACUCGGGUCAGUCCUACAGCCAUUCGCCCUACACCUCCUACAGCGAAGCCUGGAGGUUCACCAACUCCAGUAUAUUGGGAUCACCCUACUAUUACAGCUCGGCCUCCCGCACCGGUCCCCCCUCUGCAGCUGCCUAUGACCACCUCUAGUCAUCUGCAAGCCAAGACAUUUUGAAACCAGACUAAAAAAAUGACUUAAGCUGACAGAUGUGAUCACAGACCAAGGCAUGACAGUCAAAACUGGAAGUUCUGCUGGAGAAGUUGUUUUUUCUUAUGUCCUUUUUUGGUCUACAACAUAUCAUUUUAUUUAUUCAUCAAGACGGAUGCCACCAUGCACGGUGACUAAUUUGUGUUUACACACCCUUUCUGGGCCUGUUUUCAGCUUGACAGUGCGUUCCUUUCAGUUGAAAUCUCCUUAAAGCUGUUUUGGCCACAGACUUUUCUUUUCUGGCACAUGUACAACUUGACUCAACGGUUCAAGUUUAUUGCUUGGAGAUAUGCAACUUCUGUGAACUACCCUAUGGCUGAUUUGUUUACAUUAUGGAUGUGUUUUUCCCUCUUUAGCUGGAAUAGUUUAAUCCAGUUAUAAUACAUGAAUUCCUAUUGUUGGUCUGUACCUGCUUGUGGAUUAUGUUUGGCUGAUUUUCUGCAUAAAAACACACUCUGAAUCGGAAUUAGAGCAAAAUGCCCACUUUUAAAAUACACAAUGGCCAUUAUAGAAAAUUCAAGUUUCUGUCCAGCAAUGUGUAUAUAGUGUAAAUGAUGAAUUAGUUACAGGGAGGUGAUUUAACUUUGAGAAUGAAUGAUGAUCUGAGAGAGAUGUAAACAACAAGGCUGGAAAUACAUUUGUUUUUGCUUCAAAUGAAUUUAGGUUUGUUGUCAUGCUGAUGUACUGAUGUUUGGUAAAAAUUGUGACUAUUUUUUCUUAUACUGUUAUUAAUAUUAUUGCAAAUGUAAAUAUGGAAUUUCUAAAGAAAUAUUUUAAUUAAAAGCAUGACAAACUGCA